AGUAGAAAGUGAGACGGUUUAAUUUGUUGUCUCUGCGCGCUGUGUAAUUUUCGUUAAUUUGGCCCCGAAUCGCGUUAAACGGCGAGUUUCGCUAAUUAGGCCCAGUGCUUAAACUGUGUGGCCGUCGAUUGUCGAGGAUGCGAGCAGAUCCUUAAUCCCCGGCCGUCAGCAAUUAGGUUCUCCAGAGCCGCCUUCGAAAAUCGUGAAUCGAAAUCUCCAGCCAGGAAGGCAAAAAGCAACAGGCCAACAAAAAUUCGCAGGCCUCAAUUAGCAAAAUAGCCAACAGUGCAAGUGCUGCGUGUGUGUUCUGUGUUUCGUGGUCAAAAUGCGCGCCACCAUUGAGUUCGAGGAGUGCCUGAAGGAUUCCCCCAGAUUCAGACAAUUUGUGUCCAAGGAGGAGAGCGACAUCGAGCACUUGGAGCAGCGCCUGGAGAAAAUCAUCAAGCUGUGCAAUGUGGCCGUGGACUCGGGCAAGGAGUAUGUCAAGAACCAGAGCGCCUUUGCCAUGUCCUUGUGGGAUCUGCAGCAGCACUUUCUCGACAACAAGAACGCGCACAAUGCGCUGGGCAAGCUUAUUCACUGCUUCCAGGAGAUGAACAAGUUCCACACCAUUCUGUUGGAUCAGGCUAGUCGCACGGUGCUGAAAAAUCUCACUGUGUUUGUAAAGGACGACAUAAAUCAGGUGAAGGACUACAAAGGACAUUUUCUCAAGGUUUCCGAAGGCUAUGACAAUGCGUUGAUAAAAAACGCACAGGCUAGUAAAAACCGACCGCAGGAGAUGCAGGAGGCUGCAAAUAUCCUCUCCGCCUCAAAAUCGUGCUUCCAACACACCGCUUUGGACUAUGUCAACUAUAUAACUCUGGCACAGGCUCGCAAGGUCCCCUCCAUAUUAUCCACGCUGUUGGAUUACUAUCAGGCGUGCGUGACCUACUACCAUCAGGGGUUCGACCUGUGCAACGACUUCGACGAGUUCUUCAAGAACAUCAGCGAGGAUUUGAACGCUCUGCGCGGAGACUACCAGCAGCUGGAGAAGGCCAUGCAGAACCGCCACAUGAGCGUGAAUCGGUACUGCGACUCGAACACCAACAGCACCUCCAACAAGAUCGAGGGCUAUCUGUUCAAGAAGAAGUCCAAGGGCUUCAAGACCUGGUGCCGACGAUGGUUCUACCUCAGCGACAACCAGCUCGUCUACAGUGAUUUGGAUUCGCAUUGCAGAAAACGCAGCAACGAGGACUCGUUCUCAGUCAUGGAGGAGGACCUGCGCAUCUGCAGCGUGCGUCCGGUGAACGAGGGCGACCGCCGCUUCUGCUUCGAGGUCAUCUCGCCGACCAAAUCACACAUCCUGCAGGCUGACUCCGCUGACAUGCUCUCACUGUGGAUUUCAGCGCUGCAGCACAGCAUUGGUGCAGCCAUACAGCAUGACUCCACGCAUCAUUCGCGACCGCAAUCGACGAACACACCCAACAACGCUCUGCCCGCAAAGCGUAGAAUCCAUUGGGAGCAGUUUCUGAAGAUACCGGGCAACGCUUAUUGCUGCGACUGCAGGAGCCCCGAACCGCGCUGGGCCUCCAUUAACCUGGGUAUCACACUGUGCAUCGAGUGCUCCGGCGUGCACCGCAGCCUGGGCGUGCACUACAGCAAGGUGCGUUCCCUGACGCUGGAUGCCUGGGAGACGGAGAACGUGAAGGUGAUGAUGGAGCUGGGCAACGAGGUGGUUAACCGCAUCUACGAGGCCCGCGUGGGCGACGAUUGUGGGCUAAAAAAGCCCACGGAGCAGUGCGAGAUCGGAGUGCGCGAGGCUUGGAUCAAGGCCAAGUAUGUGGAGCGGCGGUUCGUGUGCGGCAUGCCCAAGCCACAGGAGCUGCUUGCCAGUGAGACGGCCGAGGUCUUGAGCAUAGACAGUGGCGGCGUGGUGGAGGACGUAGAAAGUGGCGUCAGUGGAAUCGCUAAGCGGGCCACCCUCUCGCUGGGCGGCACCCGGAAGUGGGCUGUGAAGAAGCUGCGGCGAAGGCAAAAACAGCGCCCGCUGCCAAAGACCUUGAGCGACGAUCCAAGCAUCUAUAACACUGCCAAGACUGGCGACGAGUUGGACGAUGACGAUGAUGACGAAUCCAUUAACAUUCCUUCGAUGUCACUGAGCAUCUCGCGCGACGAUUUGCUGGUGAUCGGUGAUGACUUGGCCCUGGACAGACUGGAGACUCCCGGUAUUCUCGGCAGUGAUCAGGAGAGCACCGAUGGCGAGUCGGAUGCGGAGUCACCGGAGGAGUUGCCCUUCUCGCAACUGGACGCUAACCAAUUGCUGUACAUGGCCUCGGUGGUGCACAAUCUCCCAGUAAUGUGCAUGGCCUUUGCUUUGGGCGCCGACAAGGUCUGGAAGAAUCCCCAAGAUCGGCAGCGAUCGUUUCUACAUCAAGCCGUGAUCUCCGGCUCCGUGAUGGCGUGCGAGUUCUUGCUCCUGAACGGAGCUGCAAUCGAUGCCGUGGACGAGCUAGGCUACAGUGCCCUGCACAUAUCCACGGCCAAGGGGCACAUCGCCCAGGUUUAUUUGCUGCUGAAGCAUAAGGCUGCCUACGACCUGUCCUCCAGUGACGGAAAGAAAGCUCUAGACAUUGCAGUGGACCAGGAAAACGCGGACAUAGUAACGCUACUUCGAUUGACACAGCUAAAUGACGAAAUUGGACCCAACGACGAGUACAACGGAGAAGACGAAACGUACAAGAACGUGAUGAAGGACUUCUCCAAGUUGCCCGCCAGUCAGACGCGUGUGCUGCGCCAGCGCCACGACUCAAAUACACUGGAAUCGCAGCGCAGCUCCCUGACCAAUUCCGACUAGCAGCGGCUGAUGGGUCGCAAGAGUUAGGAACUUACUCGUUAUAAAGGAUAUUGUUCCGAUUAGUAGGCUAGGAUGCAUAUUGGAUUGUUAUUGGCUUUAUAUCGCAUUAACCAGGAAUGUUAAACGGUUUCGAUUUCGAAGGAAGUCGGCACGGGCUUGUUUCCCUAGGCAAUCUCAUUUGAAAGGCGCUUCCGAUUAUACAAGAAAAUAUUAUUCAUUGCAUUUUGCAUUCGAAUGGCGGGCAUGACCAUUCGUUUUCCCUUAAGCGCAUUUUGAGUUCCGUUUUUUUGGCGUUUAGCUUAAGUUUAAAGUAUUCGUAGAGACAUUAUGUUUAUUAAAAAUACGUGUAUUUGCCUAUAAUAUUGUACAUCGUCUUAUGUGGUAUUUAUUAAACGAUAUUGUAAAAUGUA